ACAAAAAAGCGCCGCCAUACUAAACAUUUCAGCCCCACUAACAAAUCGUACGAAACAAUAAUCAAGCGAUACGAAACACUGGCUCGAGACAACAAUUGGACAAACCAGGACGGAUCCAGUAUGGCCAAUAUCAAAAAACUCCCUGAUACAAUCUCCUCUUCUAGACAAAUAUCUCUAACAGCCUUCUACGGUCUCGCAUAUCUCAGUGAAUUUCUACCAAGCAACCAAGCCGACGGCAACAAG